AUAUUGACCUUUGACCUUUCACAACUGGAACUUCAUCGGAGAAUCAUUCCGCCGAAGAAAGAAAACCUCCCCUACAUCAACCUACUUGUUGAGAAGAGAAUAUCUGGUACAGUUCUGUUCAAGUUCAAAAACCACAGCUUAAUCGACGCGCAUCGAAAACCUCAGAACAACCCCCAACAGUCAUUCCACAGCUCCAAACUUGAAAUGAAGACUUCCAGUGUUCUGGCUAUUGCGAUGCUAAUUUGGGGGACAAUCGCGGGUUUUCACGACAUUGAAGCCGACUCCAUACUGGUGUUUGCCAGACAAGCAACCUCACUUCCUCCAUGUCGACUUAACUACACGACUGAUGUCUGGACUGGCUGUGCAGAUGUGAUUGCUCAGUUUGAAAUCACGCUAGAGGAGUUUUUAUAUGCAAACCCGCAGCUUGGAGAGGGUUGCGACGGCUUCAAGCCUGGAGAAACCUAUUGUGUGUUUCGGGAUUCAAACACAAGGCCGACUUCACUUGAUGGGAACUGUGGAAUUCAAGCCAACUAUUCUGCAUCCUGUGUGGGAAGCACGUUUGGAGAUUGCUGCAAUCCCAGCGGAAAGUGUGGCAAAGGCGAAGACUUUUGCGGAAAAGGCAACUGUCAAGAAGGCUCAUGCGAAGGUGGAAGAUACUCAACUGAUGGCAAGUGCGGUCGAGAGCAUGAUUACCUCCCUUGCCCGCCCAAGUUUGGGCUUUGUUGCGGGGGGAACGGACAAUGCGGUAACGCUACAGCCUUUUGCGCAACAGGGUGCCAAAGCGGCCCGUGUCUAGAGGCUUCAACGACAAGUGCUUCGCAGAGCCCAACACCAACCCCCACCACAAGUCCAGGAGGAGUGAGUCCCGAUGGAACGUGUGGUUAUAAUGAUGCAUUCGUGUGCAAAGGCUCCAAGUUUGGAAGCUGCUGCUCUGCGGCUGGAUAUUGUGGUGAUACUGAAUACGAGUGUUCACAGUAUCUUGGUUGGUAA